CAAGGCGUCAUUUUCUAGCACGGCACCUUGGGAACUUUGCCAAACAAACAGUCACUGGACUCCCGGGUGCAUGGGCUACAGCAGACUGGGGGCGUCUCGAUGCCCGACAGAUGCGUGAAACCUAAGACCAGGAUUUAAGAUCUGGGGGAUGGGCAUUGGUGUUCAGCCAUUUGCCUCUUGCCCUCCAAACCCCUUCCAUGUGGACUUCUGGUGCUGGGGUUUGGCUGUAUAUCUUCCUGAUCAGUUUCAUGUGAUUUGAUGGUGAAGAGCCAUGAACACAUCAUCAGAGUUUAGGGCCAGUUCACAUGAACAUCUAAGUUGACAACAUGUAAGUUGACAGUGACCUUGAGUUGGUGUACUACCCAAAAAAAAAGUGGAGAACUUUUGAGCUUCUUGGGGGUGGACACCCCAUGAGAGUUGGGGACACCCCAUUCCAAACCCACCUGGUGGAACCCUUCAGCCUUUCGCCACCCAUGCUAGACCAAGUCAUGGUGUGGAUGUUUCAAUGGACCGGAUUGGUUUGGGGCUCCCUAUUUUUCCAACCCCCCCGGUGACCCAUUGUUUUGCAUAUGGAACCCUUCGUCCCUCACCUUGGACGCUGUGGGACCGGCUUCGCCACCUUCGCUCCGUCGCCGGUGGGACCGCGGGACCGCGGGGGGGCUCGAGCGGAUCAGGGAGCAGGGCUGCGAGUUGAAUAUGGCGCCUCCGGGCGCCCCGUGCGCGCGCGGCUUCCGCGCCCCGUGACGCGAGCCAUGCCGGCAGGCAGCUUCCCACGGAGCUCAGAGAGUCGAACGACCGAGAGGCAUGCCUUCAAGCCGCCAGAGCAGGGCGGCACGGUGUCUCAGAGUCGAGCAGAACGUUGGCAGAAAGCCACUGGAGCCCGGACACCGUCACCCAAGAAGAGUCCCAAGAGAGCUGUCUCUCCUGCGUCGGCGCGCAGUGCCAAAGCUCCCUCACCGAAGAGGAGUCCAAGUCCACCGAAGGUACCCCCCGGCAAGGCCAUCCAGUUGCUUCAGAAGCCGCUGGCCAAGGAUGACCUGGACUUGAAAAAGGUCUACCCACCCGAGGAUCAUGAGGAGAAAUGGUUCACCUGGGAGCCGCUCAACCCUUUGCCAGGGAGGCACGGGCCACACGACUUCGGUCCUCCUAGGCUGGGCAUGUCUCACCCGCCCAAGAACGCCAAGGUGCGGAAGGAGUUGCUGGCAUAUCUCUACGCACGUAAGGUCCGACCACCCAAGAGGAUCAAGCGGGAGAAGAGGGAAGAUGAGCCGGAAGCUGAUGUGUUCAGUCCUGUGGAACGAGUGCUGGAGGAGCCCAAGCUUGACCGAAAUCCAGGCCGAAGCAAAAGGAUGCGAAAGUCCUCCAGCUUGCCUCUUCUGCGAGAUCUGCGCUCGUCCACUGAAGAUCAGGUGGGGACACAGACCGAGAUUCUUCGGCAGAAUUCCCGCUACCUCGGCUGGGAGUUGGCGGAACGAGAUCUCAAGGAUCUGGGGGAGCUAACGAUCUUCCACAACAAGAUGCUGCGCUUCCGACGUGGUGCACAGUCCCCGCCGCAGGCGAGCCCAGCACAGCGGCUCUACCAGUUGAGGAUGAUGAUGGAGCAUCAAGAUGGACACGACCAGGGACCAGCGCCUCUCGAAAGGGUGGCAAGUCCUGCGCGGACCUCACCCCAGACCUUGCACUUCGAGGAUAGUGGCCCUCUCACCACUGGUGGUGAUGCCAGUCCAGCCCGCUUGCGUCGGCUGGCGCAUCAGAUGCAGUAUGCAGGCCCUGGGCGGGUGCAACUCAUGGCACGCGCGGUCGGCAUGAAUGUGGCCACCGGCGGUCGCCGGAAUCUCUAAGAGAUGCCCCGGCG